GAGAAAGCUUCCCAAUUAAAAAUCGGCUGAAUUAUUUUCAUCCUUCCUUCCUUCGCCGGGAAAACAUAAAAGCCGACGCUGCCUACUUUUUUCAAACUACCAAGGUUCUUUUUCCCCGUUUUUUUAUUUUUAUUUUUUUGAAAUCUUCUUACAAGUUAAAUAUAGGCCAAGCUUUUCUUUUCCAAUGGUAUUCAGCAAUGAAGGAUGAUUAUUUUUGGAUUUGCUUUCGGUAGAAACAUUCUGUGUAAACCCUGAAAAGAAAAAAACAGAAUUAUUUUUGCAGUUUUCCUCGUUCGUACGGUCAACUGCAAGUAAUUUUGCUUCGAAUUUUCGAUUGUUCAAAAAAAGAAAAAAACAUGGGAUACGAUUCCCAUUAUUCGAAAAAAUCACAGGAACAAUCCCAAGAAGAAGCACCCAGCACAAGUUCUAUGAAUGGUAACUGUGAUGUUAGCAGCAAUGGCGGCAAUAGUAGCGAGACGAAACCCAGCGGACCAACCUUCUUUGAUGUAUAUGGCCCAGACGCUAGGGCAGAUGUUAUCUUCAAGCAGCCAGAAGCUAAUUCAACAUUGAAUUUGCAAGAUGUGCAAGGGCUUGUUACCUGGGUUCUCAGUGAUGGAGUCAUGCCGUCGUGGGUUUUUAUCAAAAACAAGCCCUUGAUACCGAAGGUGGUUCUGCUUUAUAUGCCUGGGCUUGAUGCAGCUAUGUACUUAUCACAGUCUAAGUUACUUCACACCUUGAAAGAUUGUUGUGGCAUUCCUCGAGCAGUUUUAGCUCUCAGUUGUUUAUCGGAUCCUAUGAAGACCAUUGAUGCUCUGCUUACCUGCCAAAUGAAAAGAAAGAGAGAAGCAACUCAGCCUGUUUCUAAAGGAACUAGUGCACCUAGCUCAGAGAGUCCAUCACCCCUGCAUGAUCUGAAAAAUCUUCCUUUCCCUUUAACUCAUUAUACACUUAGCGCGAAGGAGCUAGAAGACAAUGGAUAUUGUAGCCAACCAGAUUUCCUGAUAACUCGUCCGGCUCCUUCUGGUAAUCCUCCUUAUGAGAUUUUGGCACUGGACUGUGAGAUGUGUAUUACGAAUGAGGGGUUUGAGCUUACUAGGGUGACCCUGGUGGAUGUCCAAGGACAGGUUGUGUUGGAUAAGUUGGUCAAACCAUUGAACGCCAUCGUUGAUUAUAACACUCGGUACAGUGGAAUCACUCAUGAGAUGUUAGAUGGGGUUACCACUACUUUGAAGGAUAUUCAGGAGGAGUUCCUACGACUGGUUUACAAUGAGACUAUUUUGGUUGGCCAUUCAUUGGAGAAUGAUUUAUUAGCUCUGAGGAUAGUUCAUAAUCUAGUCAUUGACACUGCAGUCUUAUAUAAACAUCCACGCGGCCGAUCUUUUAAAACCGCUCUUCGAGUUCUGAGCAGUAAAUUUCUUAAAAGAGAAAUUCAGGAUUCAGGAAACGGACAUGAUAGCAUUGAGGACGCAAGAGCCACAAUGGAAUUGGCGCUACUGAAGAUUAGGCACGGUCCUGAUUUUGGUGCACCAUCAUCAUCGUUCAUAAGGAAAAAACUCCUAACAUUAUUGAGCGACUCUGGCAAAACAUCCUCCAUAGUUGAUGAUGUAUCUAUUGUUAGGAGAUAUGCCUCUGAGCUGUCACAUUCAAUUCCAGUGACUUCGGAUGAUGAAGCUCUUUCAAAAGCCAUGAAAGAGGUAAAAAAUGAUAAAGUGCAUUUUGUAUGGACACAAUUUGCCGAAUUAAACUGUUAUUACAAGAAGCAAGCAAAUGACUCAGCAAAACUAAACCAGAAGCUUGCUGAGAUGAUAGCUUUACUUACAUGUAAAGAGGUGCCUAAUCGAAGGAAAAGCAUAAAGUACAGUGUGUCCUCUGAACUGAAGGGCAUUCUUAGUCGAAUGAAUGGUAGAAUUAGAGAUCUGCAUUCCACUCUUCCUCGAAACAGCAUGUUGAUUGUCUGCACAGGUCAUGGAGACACAGAAAUUGUUUACAGGUGAAUUUGCUGCCUCCAUGUAUCGUUGGAUAAAUUGUCUUUUACUUGAGAUGUCUCUGGUACUAAGAAGUUUUUGUAUGUGAAAAUUUAAAUAUACAUGAUGGAGAUUACAGGAUUUGGCGCCCAUGCAUUUAGGAGGGUUAUCCUUUAUUUGCAAUGAUUAUACCAGAGAAAUUCACUGCAUGUGCUAUGUGUGCUUCAACGUACAUGUCGUAUCUUAGGAGGGACAAUUUCUGUGUCUUUUUUACAGUAAAACCUCAGAGGGCAGUGGGGUUCGCACCUCGACCAAACAGACAUGUGCCUUUGCUGGUCAAUCCAUUUAUGCUUCUGUUAACUUUUUGUGGAAUUAACACUCGUUAGCCAACCGUACUACUACUGUAUUUGCGUCGGCUGAAAUUUAAAAUUUAUGUCAAACGGAUUGACCUAAUAAAUAUGUGUGUUGCUAAUUUGCGUUCGAUGGAAGUCUAUUGCUAAUUUGUGUUGGAUGGAAGUCUAUCUGCGUAGGUGAGAAUGUAGGUUUGAGUAGUCUGCUUCAUCCCUCCUCAUGACUUGAUCCUUAGGACUUUGAUUAAAGACUACAACAGGAAGCCAGUCAACAGCUGUCCAUGGGAACUUUUUUAAUUUCUAGUUGAUGUAUUCUGUUUUUGCAUUUUACAUAUCUAAUAAUGUAUUCCAGAUUUGUGGCAUCCCUAGUUUCCGAGCAAGUUCCAUCUUUUAGGGUUCUUGCUGUUGAGUGUUGCGUGUAGAUUAUGUUGUUGAAGGUGCAACGCGAACUAUAGAGAUUUCAGUAGCACUCAGAAAUAUUUGCAUUCAUUCAUGUUCUUUAACCGUCCUUUGAUAUAAGCUCCUAAAUAUCACAUUCUGAUACUGUAUUUUUGGUUCACAAUGAAGAAUACGCAAAAUCCUAGGCGAGCAGACAGAGACCUCAUUUAGCCGUGACAAACUUGUGAAAGCUUUGGAAGAGUUGCAAGCCCAGGCUGAAGUAGGUUUGUGUUUCGUUGGGGUAAAGCACUGAUUACGUUCAUGUCUCCCUUGGAUGAUGUCUUCUGAUGUGUGCGGCAUAAUAUAGGCAUAAUAGGGUAGAAAUUUUGCAGUUUAGAGGAGGCAGUCAUGGCUACCAAUGCCGGAGGAUUACCCUGCUUUGCCAAUUUUGUCUCCAGCAGUAGUGUAGAAACGUGGGUAUCCAUGUAGAGCGGCUCAUACACCUUACCUAUAUUCUUUAUAGGACUUCUUUAUAAUGUAAUCUAAUUUAUUUUCUGAAGAGGUCUUGGUGUGGUUCCAAAGUUCCUAACACCUGACCCUGUGUCGAAAUGUGGUCCUUUCACCAAAUUUGUUUCCCUAUCGGUUUUUUUUUUUUUUUUUU